AUGCAUGCAAAUAUAGACAGACGCGCAAAUGUGUGUGCCUUAAAAACAGAAUGUGGCAAAACAGCUAAAAAAACACAUCGCCAUGUUGGCAUGGUCAUCUCGACAAAUAUUGUUGUUACCGUUCGUCGCAUCCAGUUGCUUCCAAAGUUCAGAGAGUACGACCUAGACAACAACGGUUAUAUCAGUUUGGACGAGGCAGGUACCAUACUCCGAGGGCCUCCCUUCAACUUUCCCAACGACAAAAUUUAUCUCCUUCUCAGAAGUUUCGACAGAGAUGGAAAUGGAAAUUUGGAUAUUGAAGAGUUUGCUGGGUUCUACGCCGAAGCGAAAGCAUUGUUGGUAUUUGUUGGGGGUUUGAAGAUGGUGUUGUAUUUGAUGUCUUGUAAGUUUCUGUCUUGA